GGUGAAUCGAUUAUUAGCCCCCUUCAAGACAUUACCUGCUGCGGAAAAUCUGUUCACUACAGUGCUGAAGCUCGCUGACGACACUGUAUUGGUAACCUGCGGUGGAGGCCUUUCACAUCAGCAGGAAAUCUACCACAUCUAUCAUCUAGCUGUUCUUAUGGAAAUAAGAGGAUUUACCAUGGCUGUCUCUGCGUAUGGAUUGCUGGCAAAGUUCAAAUGAGGAUCCUUUGACGGAGAAGUGGAUCUCUUAGCGGCGCAGUUAUUGUCGAGGUCACAUGAAUAUAUAGUAGCCGUGAAAAACGCAAUGGAAGAAUCUUCGAGACUCAUUCGCCGAUGCGAUCCCAGAGGCGGCCAUGUAGAAGGCUCUACGUUUGCGGAGAUGUACGGAGUCUUCCAAUCUUAUAUUGCCAAUGAAGCAGAUAUGAGUACUCCAGGGGAUUCGUGUCUUUUCGAUUGUCCUGGGCUAACCUACCAGAAGCAUAUCAGGCACAGUGCCGAGCCGUCCACAUACUUGUCCCAUUGGGACUGCGAGGGUAUUAUUACGCAUUGCCAGACAGCUCCUAAGAGAAUGGAAAUUUGUGUCGAGGGAAAUGGCUUUCCAAGGCGAUAUCGAUCGAUCAAGGGGUCUAAUGGAGAAGUCUGGGGGGAUGACAGUGACUGUAAAGGGCAGAUGAAAUCGCUAUCAUCAUGGCACCGCUUCUUGGUCGUUUGCGACUAUUGCAUUUGCACCUGCGAGAGUACCAAGACAGGAAAUCCGCCACUGGGGCUUAUUAGUUUCCUUCCUUCAGAGGCGGACAUUCAAAAUAACAUGGUGGUCGUGGGGGUUAAAAUUGUCAGGGCCAACAACACAAUUUACGUUCAAGUAAAAGAAAGAAAACUUGAAGCAAAUGGGUCGAUUUCAAAAGGAAGUGACAGAUGGGUGCCUCUCAGAUAUUUAAUGUCUUCAGAAUCGAGUAUGUUUUCGUCCGAAGGAAAGAGACUGAUCCGGACCAUAGAUUAUGAUGCCUUCCACGGAAACAAUAGAAAAUUAAAUUUAGAUGACGUUUUUGUACCGGAGAACCACCUCGUUGCAGGGGUUCGAUUCAAACACAUGAGAGAGAUUCAAACACAUAAGAGAGAUAAUCGGAUUCCCGUAGACAUGGACUACGCGAAUCCGAUUCAACUCGAAGUUUUGGCAAUACCGUUUGACUAU